AAUAAAGAACAUGUCGGCUUAAAAGAUUAUUAUCAACUUGUGCCGGUAAUGGAGAGCCCUGAAAUAAUUUCUGAGAUUCGUUGUGCCUUCGCCUCCGAUGAAUCCAUUCUUUAUGAUUUACUGAAGGAAUACACCAUCGAACAAAAACUUGAAGAUGUAUUCAAGAAUUCAAGAGCGAGUUUUGAAGAACAUUUCAACCAAGCAUUAUUCAAAGCCUUUGUCAUCGAAGUUAAAGGUGAAACGGAGAACCAGAGGAACAUCAUUGGCUGUAUUUUCUUCUCCAUUUUUUAUGAAUAUGUUGUAGGUGUGACGGCCUUCCCUCACUGCUGCUAUAUAAAACCAGAUUUUAGAGAUCUUGGAUUUGAGCAAAAGUUGAUCCAGCAUGCUAAGAAGAUAUCGGGAGAUGCAAAUAUCGACAAAAUGUUGACGCUGCUGACCACAUUGGAUGCCCCAUACGGAAGAGCUUUGGUGAAUGAAGGCAUAACUAACCUGUCCAGGAGCAUUGAGAUCGAUGUUUGGAUUAUGACAAAUCAGACUUCAACAAAUACUCUAACGUAUGAUGAUUACAUUAUCCGUGAUGGCACUGAAGAAGAUCUAAGCAAGGUAUAUGAUCUCCUAGAAGAGUUGGCAGAUAUUGAGGAUAUUACCGCGGACUUUGUGGUCAAUAAAGAUGCAUUCGCACGUGGCGGUGCAACUGACAAGAAUCUGUUUAGUUUUGUCGUCUUAGAAUGUCAACAUCGUGUUAAAGAUCAGACUGAAGAGACCAACCACACCAACGAAAUCGUUGGUUGUAUGCUGUAUUCAAAGAUAUAUUGUGUUUUGAUGGGGCAAUUAUAUUUCUUACAAGGCCUUUAUCUGAAACAGGAGCAUAAAGGUAAAGGCUUAGGCAAGGCCCUACUUCGUUCAACACUGCAGGCUUGCAAGAAAUGCACCGGUGACGGCUUUAUUUUCAUGAUUCAUAAGGAUAACAAAACCUCCCAAUCACUCUUCCAGUCAUUCCACGCAAUCAACAUGACACAAUCGAUGAAUUUCGAAUGGAUUAAAAUCUUACUCUAAGAUAAACAUGCACCAAAGACUACUUACUUGACACGUUAAAAUAUGUUGUGUUCAUUAUCCACCUGCAUAUAGUUAUAUAGUGACAUUUUAUAUUCGUUAUCAACUUAAGCGCAAGUUGUAUUUAUUUCACAAUUUUUUUCUUCGAACUAAUGAAUUUAUACUUUUUAUGAUUUUGAUCCAUUUAAAUGUAUUUUAUAAUCUCAGAAAAAAGAUAGGGCUGGUAAAAACUGACCCACCAUUAUUUCUGAUCACUGGUACGUCUUUAAAUUCUGAUAAUUUGUAAAUAAUAUAUUUUAAUUGAGAAAAAUCUAUAGAGUUAUUUUGUUCUGACCAAAAUUGUUUUAAGUUUACGAAAUGAACCUAAAUUCUUUGUGUGAAAAGCUUUGCAUUUGUUCAGUGAUUAUGUUUGCAUCAAUAUGAUUUCUUUUGUUCCU